AUGGCCUCACUCGACUCUUUACCCAGUGAGAUCCUUCUCCAAAUCAUCUGCGACAGUUCUCCCCAAGAAGUAUGUCGUCUCAGUUACACCUGCAGACGCUUGGCAUCAGUCGCUGGAGGCUGUCUCUGGAGGGACAUUGAACUUCAUGAGAGGGGAUAUCACGAAUCGAGCGCAGAGCUCAACGAACCAGCACCAUACAAAUCACCCAAUCGGUUUUACCAUGAUUCCAAAAGGGAUGGCUGGCAGAGCGAUAUCAGCGAAAGAGCCGAGAGUCUCUUCACCAUGCUACAGACGCUCCACACUCACGAUGAAGGACGCUUGAGGGACGUUGCUGGCAGAGUGAAGAGUCUGUGCACCGUGAUUGAGCCAGAGUGGAAGCCCACUGAAGGCUCCGUGGCAGAGCCAGUCUCUGUUUGGAAGCUCUUACCUUACUUUAAGAACCUUGAAUACUUGGAGCUUCACGGCAUCUAUGGAACUUUCGACCACCGAGAGCUUGAAGAGAUACGAGAAAGGCCAUUGAGGAAACUACGCUUUGCAAAGCUCUUCGCUUACAUCCCUCGAGCUGUUUCAACUUACGUUCUGCAGUCUCAUGAAACACUCGAGCGCCUGGAGCUUGGUAUGUUAGAUCAGCCAAUGCCCAUCAAAGUCGAUCUGAGUGAACAAGAUGCGGAAAGUCAUGGUCGAUGGGAACAUGAACCCAGGGGAAUCAGCCCAAGGCCACUUGCGCAUUUCGUCUCCGAUACCCAAGUUCCUUUCCAAAGCCUUGAGCACUUAUACUUAUGUUCACCGUGCGAUAGCCAUGGUGAUUACUUCAACCAACAAAAUUCAUGGUCGACGACCGCAGAGCUGGACAGUCUCGAGGCAUGGAAAAGACUCAUUUUGGCGUCUAGUCGGAGUCUUGAGACCCUUGUGGUCGAACAUCGACCGGAAGCAGGAAUUGAAGACAACGAAGGGUUCUCUGAGGACGAGUUUCUCUCCACAGGAAAGACUGGUGCUGGCAAUAGGGCGUUGGUGGAUGCCAUCGGGAACAUUAUCAUCAAUAAGGAGACCCUUCCCAGGUUGAAACAAGUGUAUCUGUAUGGAUUUGUUGCUGGUAGAUCAUCUGAAGCAUCGUCUGCCAAAACACCGGGAGACUGGUUGAUACAUGGGUUGGGAGUGAGAGAAGUCACCUGUGAAGCCAGAAGGGGAAAAUGGUGUUUGUUCGAUCAGGAUUCAGGUGAAACAAAAUGGGCAAAGUGGACUGGAGAUGGAAAUAGCAAUCUUCACGAUGGCUAUAUGGGUGUCCGGUGGUACUCGCUUCUGGCUCAGGUGUAG